CCACCCCCACCCCAACCACACACCACCCCGCCAUGGCAUUUUCCCAGUUGGGAUACCAGUAUAUCCGGCCGCUCUACCCGUCGGAUCGCCAAGGGAACAGCAGCUCCCGAAGUGGGGCAGACCUCAGCCCGACGGGGACGCUCUCCAACGUGCUCUCCUCCAUGUACGGAGCGCCGUACGCGGCAGCCGCGGCUGCUCAGGGAUACGGAGCCUUCCUCCCCUACACCGCCGAGCUACCCAUCUUCCCGCAGCUGGGAGCCCAGUAUGAGCUGAAGGAGGGUCCCGGCGUCCAGCACCCGGCUUUUCCUCACCACCACCCGGCUUUCUACCCCUAUGGGCAGUACCAGUUUGGCGACCCGUCGAGGCCCAAGAACGCCACCCGCGAGAGCACCAGCACCCUCAAGGCCUGGCUGAACGAGCACCGGAAAAACCCUUACCCCACCAAAGGCGAGAAGAUCAUGCUGGCCAUCAUCACCAAGAUGACCCUCACGCAGGUCUCCACCUGGUUCGCCAACGCCCGGCGGCGCCUCAAAAAGGAGAAUAAAAUGACCUGGGCUCCGCGGAGCCGCACCGACGAGGAGGGCAACUCUUACGGCAGCGAGCACGACGAAGAGGACGGCGAAGGCGACAAGCGGGACCCCGACGACGAGGAGAUCGACCUGGAGAACAUCGAUACCGAGAAUAUGGAGAGCGGGGCUCCAGGGGCCAAAGCGGGGCAGCUUCUCCUGGAAGGGGAGGACGACGACGACGAGGAGGAGGAGGAGGAAGAGGACGAGGAACCGCCGGAUGAUUCGGUGCUCCUCCAUUCCGACGCCAAAACCACCGACUCGGAGGGCUCCGACGGCUUCGAGGACCUGCCGGGAGCUCAGGAGCGCUUCUUGAAGGCUAUGGAGGCCCGUCAGCGCGCCUCGUCGGGCGAGCUGCCUUCGCCAGCGGCUCUCCAGCAGCAGCAGCUGCUGCAGCAACAGCGCCAUCCUUCCUCCCCAGCGUCCCCCCCAACGGCUCCCAGCCCCGCUUUGGCACCGCAAGCGCAGCCUCCCAAGCCUAAGAUCUGGUCCUUAGCAGAGACGGCUACCAGCCCGGAUAACCCGUCGCGGAAAUCUCCCACCAGCGGAGGUUCCCCCCCUGCGGCAGCGGCCACCCCCCAGAGCCUUCAGUUGGUGGGAGCCCCUGCUCCGCCGCAGCCUCCUCCGACGGCCCCGGGCCCCGCACACAGACUGGUCGCCUCUUGCCCUCUGGGCAAAUUCGCUAACUGGUCCAGCCGGGCCUUCUCGGCCCACCCCCAUCACCACCACCACCACCAUCCCCACCCGCUCACUUUACUGAACACUCCCCACCUGCUGGGACUCGGGGGGGCGAACCCCAGCGCGGCCCCAAGCGCGGCGGCUAUCGCGGCUUUCUCCAGACCCGCGGACCAAGCGCAGAGCGCGGAGUCCUCCGGAACAGAUCGAUCUAGUGCCUUGGAAGUAGAGAAAAAGUUAAUAAAGACAGCUUUUCAACCAGUUCAGAGGCGGCCUCAGAACCAACUUGAUGCAGCUAUGGUUCUAUCUGCGUUGUCAUCAUCAUAGUUAAUUUUUUAUAAUUAUUGUUCUAAUGAUUGUAAAAUAAAAUUCUCUGUAUAGUUACAACUUGUACGCAUGUCCAUGUAUCAAAUGAAAAAAAAAAUACAAAAACCAAGAAAAAAACCACCCUGCUUCUGUGCUAUCAUCUGGAUUAGCUGAAUUCGUGAGGUUUUUUGGAAGUCCAGUGCGAAAUAGGCGUCUUCAUUUUCUUUUUUUGUAUAUAUAGUAAAAAGGAAAAAAAAUGUACAUAUGUGUGAACCAAAUUGUACAAGAAAGUAUAUAUUUUUGGCUAAUAAACUGUUGCCACUUUGACUACAA